AUGCCAUGGACACAACGAAAAGACUACUGGGAAGCCCCCCUAGACGUACACGAACAAUUAUUCAACCAAAUCAAAAACCUGACAACCCCUACCGGCCGUGAAAACUGGAUGAUAAUGCUCAGCGCAGAACUAUCUUAUCCACGAGAAAUCGACAUCGUGCCCCAACUCCGCAAAGCCUGGAAAGCAGUUCGAUUUCAACACCCGGGUAUCGCAACCGAACUAGACCAAAGCGGUCAGAAUAAGCGGUACUACCCCAUUCGCGAUGAAGGGGCACUAGAGUCAUGGGCUGCUACCACGUUCCGCGUGGUAGAAGAAGUCCCUUCAGCAUAUGAGCUCCUUCAUGGGGGAAUUAUUCAAAUCGCCCCAUCACAAGUAACAUCUUACUGGUUCCCGAAAAGCAACGAACUCGCACUUCUUUCAUCGCAUUGGCGCUGGGAUGCACAUGGAUCAUUGUGGCUCAUGCACGAUCUCCUCUCGGAGCUAGCGAGCCCAUCUCCUACAGUAACUACCUUUACAGGAGAAGAAGCCCAUCACCUGGCUCCAUCACUCGAUGAGGUGGUAGGUAUGCCUGAGAAAAAAGACUGGGAUCCAAACUGGGAUGUGCAAGCCGCAGCACUACACGCCGAUACCGCAACCAGUGAUGGGACACCAGCGUUCACGAUAAAAGAGUACCCACAGAUGAUGCCGGGUGAUACAGCUCGCAGCGAAAUUGUCUUCACAGUCGAAGAAACGAGCGCUGUACUAGCUGCGAUCCGUGCGCGUGGCUUAACCGUGGCACCAGUCAUCAACGCCUCUGUGAUCGAAGAGGCGGUGUGUCGGAAUCCGCAUUCAGCUGCAUCACGCUUUAUGUCGUAUGGAAUCUUCGACCUGAGGAAAUAUUGUCCUGCACCGAGUAAUGGGUCGACUGAGGCGGUUUCACAUCGUGUACUUGGAUUACCGUUAAAUGUGCCAGCGCAUGCAUCGUGGAUCGAGUUGGCCAAGACAUUGAAAGAUUACUAUGGGCGAUCGUGGACAGGUGAGAGCGAUGCGCUCUUUGUGCGGGGGUUUUUGUUGAGCAGAUGUUGA